GAGAGAGAGAGAGAGAGAGAGAGAGAGAGAGAGAGAGAGAGAGAGAGAGAGAGGAUACUGAAACGGAAAGGAGGGCACGGCUGAAGAGAGAGAUGCAGGCUGCUGUAUGCUGCUCUUCCAGCUCACACUAAGAUGGGACUGCAAGUGGUGAUUUGGGGAGUGGCUGCAGUUUCUCACUGGGGAUCCUGAAGGAGGAUAGGCUAAUGUACCUCGAUCUGUUAGAUUCUGUGGCUCUAUCAUGCCACUAUGCCAGCCAUGAACAGGCCAGGGUUUCUUACUAAAGCAAGCCUGAGGAGACUUCUAACAGCAGAUGAGGUAUGGAGUCUUGGGAGGAAGAGAAGUUUGGGAGAGCGUAAUAUUCGAACAGAGCAGGAGAUCCUACAGACAACAGGGCCCAAAGAUUCAAGCGACCCAAAAUGCUUCUCAGCAUUCAGUCAUCGAAGCAAGCCAUACCCCAACAACGGCAGUGAAACGUCAGAGAGAAAAGUAAAGAAAGAGGAUGGAAAACCUCCACAUAAGCAAGAAACUGUAAAGACAAACCCUAAACCUCAUGGAUACGAGCCUAAACCUGCAAAAAAGCUCAAGAGCCCUUUACAUAACAUUGAUCCUCAUCCAAAGGUAAGCCCAAUGAAAAGCACCGAAAUACACUCAGGAGAAAAAGGCCAUCAGACACCACUAAAAGACGUGCAUUGUUUCACAUCGGAACACAACCGUCCAAGUUGUGGAACAUCUGUCCCCAUUGUCUCCUUUUUGUCCUCUGAUAUCGAGGAAGACCUGCCCUACGAUGAUGAAGACAUACACAAAAAACCUGUAGAAGAAACUGAAGCGAGGUUUCAAGAGACAUUGAAGCCACACUCCACUUCAUUUGAAAUGGCUGUAAAUUAUGGCAAUGUAAUAACAGACAAUCUGACUUUUAAUGUGCAGAACAGCGAUCAGUCACAAAGUUUGGUAUUCAACAAUAACCAUGAGGUUUGUGAAUUGGCCAGGAAGUCAAACACUGCUUAUAGUCAGACACAUGAGAUUGAUUUAGUAGCAGAGAUCUCUGAAAAUCUGAAGUGGCAGAGCAUAGAAGAUCCAAUCAUAGAUAAACCACUUGUUACAAAUGCAGUCCACAUGGUAAGUAGCGAUAUCAAAAGGCCUGACAGCCUCUCCUGCGAUGAUAGCCUUUCAGAAGCCGAAGAUAAAUCCGAACCGUUUUCCCUUCAGAGUGAAGGAUUGGUUUGGUCUGAAGAAGAGAAAGAUGUUCACAGUGAAGAGAAAAGCGAAGCAGGCCCCUUUGCUUUAGUCUACGCUGAGAAGUUUACCGUCAUCCCAGAAUCACUUCCAAUCUGCCACUAUUCCAUUACGGAACAAUCUAAAGUCGAUCCCUAUUGUCUUCUUCAUAAUGAAAAGCAAAUGACAACCGAGUCCAACCUGUCUGAGAUUCUCUCUCCCGUAGAUGAGGUGUUGUCCUAUGGAAGUGCUGAUCUUCUACCAUCACUUAGGGGAGGAGUGGCAUCAGGUCUAGACAUCAACAGUUUACCACAUCCUUCACCUGCUUUUGAGAUUAUCACAUGGACUAGUGAGGAGGAUAUUCCAGCUCCACCUGACUUUCUUGAAGACACUUCCAUUAAUAGCGAGAACAUACCUCCUCUUCCUGUGGACUUGUCUUGGAAGAGAGAUGCAGAGAGACCAAGUGAAACCAAUGUUAAUAAUGAUGCAAACACUGGAGAUGCAUUCCAAAUGCAUCCUUAUGCAGAAGAGGGUGAGGAAGACGAAGAUUCUGAACACACCAACUCGCUUCCUCUGGAUGACAGUAAUGAAAGCCAAGAUCCUUUGUUCUCCUUUAACAUUGGAGACCGGGUUCUUAUCUACAACUCAAGGCCAGGGGUUCUAAAAUAUAAGGGAUACACUGCUUUUGCUGAUGGCUUCUGGGCUGGCGUCGCACUUGACACUCCAAAUGGAAACCACAAUGGAACAUUCAGAGGCGUUAAGUAUUUUACAUGUGAGAAGAGCUGCGGGGUCUUAGUCAGAGCCGAGGACAUUUGUCAUUUGCAUACAGAGCACUGUAAUUAUACACAUACAGGCAUGGAUGAAGAUUCAUUCUCAGAUGAGGAUCCCCCCAAUAACCAAGAUGGAGUAAAUGGAAAUAAACCCUCAAGGACAGGGGAAAGGAGGCAAAAUGGACAUGGUUCAUCAGCACCAAAACAGACAUUCCAGCAGGAGCCAUGUGAAAAUCAUGAAGUCACAGGCAACAAGUUAUCAACUUUUCCAACAUCCAGUGAACAAACACCAUCAAACAUUGAUUGUACAAGCCAUCUAGACUCUGAGGCGAUGAUAGAGAGAUUAACUGAGGAGAUUUUUGCAGAUGCUCUGAAAAAUAUACAGGGAAUAGAAUCGACACAUGACGGUAAACCAAAGGAAAUUAAUUUCAGGAAACAAGAAGCUGCCAAUCCAAUUCACAAACCACGUCUCAUGGAAAAGUGGCAGCAGGUUUAUCCAGCAACUCCUCCACAAAUACGACUCAAACCUCAUGAACAUGGAAUUGUUUACAGGCUGGUUGAUAAAACCGUUGAGAUUAUCUGUGGCCAGGCGAACAGAAGUGCACUUGAAUCUUGCGAAACGCCAAACUACUUAGUAGGAGAUGAAAGCCAGAAUACCUACAGGCAAGUCCUUUUCCAGUUAGCGUCUGAUAUUCUGCACAAGAUUGGUGCUGAUAUAACGGAAGCGACUGGUUCUUUUCAGAAAUCCAUGGAUAAGAGCUCUCUUCUACAAACAAAUUUAAUUUCAGUCAAACUUUUGAAGAAUGCAGUGAAAAGGGAAGCACAGAAAGUGCUUAAUUUGGAGCAAACUGAUCAGGAAAUGACGGAGAUGUUACAAACACUGUGCAAGUUCUGGUAUGCUAAGAGGGACAGAGUGGACUACAUCCUGAUUCAAGAACUUCAUAAUGAGGAGAAGAAGUGGGUGGAUUACCGUAAUGACCAGAUCACUGUGAAAAUGCGACUGGCCGAUGAGAUUUUUAGCCUGCUUCUGGAUGACACGAUAUCAGUUCUUAACCGCAUAUAUAUAGCAGACAACAAACGAUAUUAAUCAGGCAUCUUUAUCAUACCUUCUAGAACAUUACACAAACAUUCUUACAUUUUGACUUUUUGAUUUGUCAAUUCUGUGUAUAAAUAGUGUAUAAAAAACUAAAUAAAGGGAAAUUGUGUUUAUA